AAGAGAUGCGAUCCAGUAGAGAAGACCAGCACCAAAAGAGAAAAAUAAUAUGGCUUCAAAACCAGGCCCUUUCACAGAAUGGCCAUGGCACAAGCUUGGUAGCUUCAAGUACGUUAUUUUGGCACCGUUUGUGGGAUGUAGCUUCUAUACGUAUUGCAUAGGAAAAGGAGAGAAGGAUUUGCAGAACAUGAUGAGUAUCCCAUUACUGCUGGUGUGGAGGUGGCUUCACAACCAGAUAUGGAUUAGUUUGGCUCGCUUCCAAACGGCCAGGAGCAAGCACAGGAUACUCCACAGGAGUAUUGAAUUUGAUCAGGUGGACAGAGAAAGCAACUGGGAUGAUCAGAUACUCUUGAGUGGCAUUGUUCUGUACUUGUCUAAGAUGGUCGUCCCUGGAGCUACAAACUUGUCUUUAUGGAGAACUGACGGUGUGGUUUUCAUAAUACUCCUUCACGGGGGUCCGGUGGAGUUCCUGUAUUACUGGGCACACAGAGCAUUGCACCAUCAUUUUCUGUACUCUCGCUACCACUCCCACCACCAUUCCUCUGUCGUCACCGAGCCUAUCACAGCUGUGAUUCAUCCGUUUGCAGAAAUGGUUUUGUACUUCAUGCUCUUCACAAUCCCUCAAUUGACGGCGGUACUUAUGGGGACGGCUUCGAUCUCAGCCAUCUUUGGGUAUUUCACGUACAUUGAUUUCAUGAACAACAUGGGCCAUUGCAACUUCGAGCUGGUCCCCAAGUUACUCUUCUCGAUGUGUCCACCUCUCAAGUACCUCAUGUACACGCCCUCGUAUCAUUCGCUUCACCACACGCAAUUCCGGACCAACUACUGCCUCUUCAUGCCUUUCUAUGACUAUAUAUAUGGCACCAUGGACAAAUCGUCAGAUGCACUCUAUGAAGCUUCACUCAAAGGAACGAAGGAGGCUCCACAUGUGGUCCAUCUCACCCAUCCAACUACCCUCUACUCCAUUUACCAUCUACGGCUAGGAAUUGCUUCGCUGGCUUCUAAACCAUAUGCUUUCCAACUGUACUAUUCAUGGAUGCUGUGGCCCAUUUCAUCGGGGUUCAUGUUGCUGACGUGGAUAUUUGGUUCCACCUUUACGGUUGAAAGGAACAGGUUGCAUAAGCUAACAAUGCAAACAUGGGCAAUUCCAAGAUACAGUUUCCAAUAUUUAUUAUCAUGUCAAAGAGAUAUAAUCAAUAGCUUGAUUGAGAAGGCCAUACUAGAGGCGGAAGAGGCAGGGGUUAAAGUUAUCAGCUUAGGUCUUCUAAAUCAGGGGGAGGAGUUGAACGGAUAUGGGGAACUUUAUCUCACAAAGCACCCAAAACUCAAUAUUAGAAUUGUGGAUGGAACUUCGUUGGCAGUUGCUAUCGUGCUUUAUAGCAUUCCCAAAGGAACAGAACGGGUCCUGCUGAGAGGAAUCGUUUCCAAGACAGGCUAUGCAAUUGCACUAACCUUAUGCCAAAGGGGUGUCAAGAUAAUUACCGUCUGUAGUGAUGAAUAUGAGAAGCUGAAAUUAUGCCUGCCAGCAAAGAAUAGGUGUUGCUUGCUCCACACCAACGUUUAUAAUACAGCUGAGGCAUGGUUAGUAGGAGAUGGAUUGAAAGAUCAAGAACAAAGAAUGGCUCCCAGAGGCACUCAUUUCAUUCCCUUCUCCCAAUUUCCUCCUAAGAGACUGCGAAGGGACUGUGUUUACCACACCAAUCCUGCAAUGGUCAUUCCUCCGGCUCUCGAGAACAUGCAUGCUUGUGAGAACUGGCUGCCGAGGCGGGUGAUGAGUGCGUCCCGCGUGGCUGGAAUAGUGCAUGCAUUGGAAGGAUGGGACACACACGAGUGCGGCCAUGAAAUUCUCGAUGUUGAAAAGGUAUGGGAUGCGGCUCUUCGGCACGGAUUCCUUCCAUUGGUGCAUAAGUGAUUUAGAUGUCUCUGAAAGAUGGGAAAAGGCCUCUUAGAUACUUAAUUAUCUCUAAGUACUUAUGCUACGUUUAAACAUGAGAAUAUCAUAGACCUAUACUAUCAUAUGUUAUGUGUGUUUUAUUGUUUCUUUGCUUCAACAAACUGUCGCAAGUCUGCUUGCGUCCUUAGCUUGUGGUUUGAAAACUUUGCAGUAUUAAGGCCAGUUUAUCAUA